CAAGGAUGGUGUCAAUUGUCAUUGUGACAAUAUCGUUUUUGUGUACGUGUGUUACCUUAUAAAAUAUAGAAUGGCAAAUUUGGUUGAUAUUUGAAUAAUUCAUGGUUUAAUCCAAUUGGAAUUGAAAUAUCUACAUUUAAUUAAUGUAAACAUGGAACAGUUAAGGUUGUGUAUGUUCCUGGCGUUUUUAAUUUCUUCCACAGGGGUGUAUUCUGAUGAACAUAAUCACAUAUAUAAGGACUACGAAGAGGUGGUACUAUGGAUGAAUACAGUUGGGCCAUAUCACAAUAGGCAAGAAACUUAUGCAUACUUCACAUUACCAUUUUGUGUUGGAGCCAAGGAAUCAAUAAGCCAUUAUCAUGAAACCCUGAGUGAAGCACUACAGGGUGUAGAACUCGAAUUUAGUGGUAUUGAUAUUGAAUUUAAAAAUCCUGUUCCAAAGCAUACUCCAUAUUGUGCAGUACAAUUAGACUAUGAAAAAUAUAAAGCAUUUGUAUAUGCUGUUAAAAAUCAUUAUUGGUAUCAAAUGUACAUUGAUGACCUUCCAAUUUGGGGUGUUGUUGGAGAAAUGAAAGACAAUAAUUAUUAUAUAUGGACACAUAAGAAAUUUGAAAUAGGAUACAAUGGGAAACAAAUAAUUGAUGUGAAUUUGACUUCUGAAGAAAAAGUUCUUCUUGCUCCUGAUGCAAAAUUGAGAUUCACUUAUGAAGUCAUUUGGAAGCCAGUCUCCACAAAGUUUAAUGAUCGAUUUGAUAAAUAUCUAGAUCAUAAUUUUUUCCAACAUCGGAUACAUUGGUUCAGCAUUUUUAACAGUUUUAUGAUGGUCAUAUUUUUAGUUGGCUUAGUUUCAAUGAUUCUUAUGAGAACAUUGGGAAAGGAUUAUGCUAGAUAUAGCAAAGAUGAAGAUAUUGAUGAUAUGGAAAGAGAUUUGGGUGAUGAAUAUGGCUGGAAACAAGUACAUGGAGAUGUUUUCAGACCAGCAUCAAAUGCGGUCAUGUUUUCAUCAUUGAUUGGGGCAGGGUAUCAGUUAACUCUAGUUGUAUUUUCGGUUAUAAUUUUUGCCAUUUUAGGGGAGUUGUACACUGAACGAGGAUCUCUUUUGUCGACUUCAAUAUUUGUUUAUGCCAUCACAUCACCAGUCAAUGGAUAUUUUGGAGGUUCUCUAUAUGCUCGAAUGGGUGGCAAAAUCUGGAUAAAACAGAUGCUCCUAUCAGCAUUUAUGUUACCUGCACUGGUUUGUGGAACAGCAUUUUUUAUAAAUUUCAUUGCAAUCUAUUAUCAUGCCUCCAGAGCUAUUCCAUUUGGAACAAUGGUUGCCGUUACAUGCAUCUGUCUGUUUGUUAUUCUUCCUCUCACUUUAGUAGGAACUGUUCUGGGAAGAAAUUUAGCUGGUCAACCAGAUUACCCAUGUAGAAUAAACGCAGUGCCACGACCAAUACCAGAAAAAAAAUGGUUCAUGGAACCUGGAGUUAUUAUUCUAUUGGGUGGCAUACUUCCUUUUGCAAGCAUUUUCAUCGAAAUGUAUUUCAUCUUCACUUCGUUCUGGGCAUACAAAAUCUACUAUGUCUAUGGGUUCAUGUUGCUAGUGUUCUUGAUCUUGAUGAUUGUUACUAUUUGUGUUACCAUAGUUUGCACCUAUAUCUUACUGAACGCUGAAGAUUAUCGUUGGCAAUGGACAUCCUUCUUGGCAGCUGGAUUUACAUCUGGAUAUGUUUAUCUUUAUGCUAUUUAUUACUUCUUCUUCAAAACCAAAAUGUAUGGACUGUUUCAAACAGCGUUCUACUUUGGAUAUAUGGCACUUUUCAGUGGUGCUCUUGGGAUAAUGUGUGGAACUGUCGGAUACACUGGUGCCAGUAUAUUUGUAAGAAAAAUCUAUUCCACAGUUAAGAUUGACUGAAGUGUUGGAAAUGCUACAACUGUACAUAGUAAUUUUUUGUUAAUUGGUGAAUAUCUAUUCACAAAUUUUAGAAUAUACAAAGGUAUUGAAAUCAAUGAUUUAUGUUAAAUAUGUUAUUUUAAUGCAAAUUAGGUUAUUUUUUAUACACCAUAGUAUGAAGAUUUUCAGUUAUUUCUGUUUGGCGAACAUUUUAUUCAAAGUUGAGAUUUUGUUUUUUUUUUCAAAUUAAAUAAAUCUUCACUCAAG